AUGAGUACCAUCCAAAAUCUCAAAAAUUUCAUACGUCAUGGCAAACAAGCCCGCUUGGUGACCCCCCAUGCUGAACCCACCACCGACGUCUCUGCCAUCCACGCUGAACAACAGCGUCAACCUCAAGGCUCAUACCCACCCGCUGCGGGCAAUCUGGAUGCCAUUGAUAACAAGAUGAACAAUGCGCCGGCUCAACUCCCGGCCAAAUCGCCCGAGGGUCAGUCCCGGCGAGCCCGCGAGCUGGAGAUCGAGCAGAUUGUCGCCGAAGAAAAGAGUGCACGGUCCAAGAUGCCCAAGUAUCCUGGCCUGGAACGCUGGAUCUUGCUGGACAAGAUGGGCGAUGGCGCUUUCAGCAACGUCUACCGGGCCAAGGACACCACCGGCCAGUAUGACGAGGUCGCCAUUAAGGUCGUUCGGAAAUUCGAGAUGAACAGUAAUCAGGUAGGUCGAGUUGGUCUUGUUCAACACUCGUUUAGCCCUUAUUGUUCUUCCCUUGCGCCGUCGUCGUCGUCGUCGUCGUUCGUUUGCCUCUCCAAACCGUUUUGCCAAUAUCAUUCUCUAGUCCCCCAAUCUUCCUCUCCUUUCUCGCAAGAAGAGACCAAAAGCUACGGAGCGCGCCAAUAUUCUGAAAGAGGUCCAGAUCAUGCGCCAAACCUCAGCCGUCAUGUUAUCCUGCAGGUCGCCAAGGCGAUCGAGUAUCUCCACGAGACUUCUGGUGUUGUCCAUCGGGACAUCAAACCUGAGAAUCUACUCUUCUACCCAAUCCCUUUUAUUCCCAGCAAAAACCCCAAGCCACGACAGCCGGGCGAUGAAGACAAGGUUGACGAAGGUGAAUUCAUUCCCGGCAAGGGCGCUGGUGGCAUUGGAGUGAUCAAGAUUGCCGAUUUCGGUCUGUCCAAGGUCAUCUGGGAUAGUCAAACUAUGACUCCAUGCGGAACGGUCGGCUAUACAGCACCUGAGAUCGUUAAAGAUGAGCGUUACUCUAAGAGUGUCGAUAUGUGGGCGUUGGGCUGCGUUCUCUAUACUCUCCUCUGCGGCUUCCCGCCCUUCUACGACGAGAGUAUUCAAGUCUUAACCGAGAAGGUGGCUCGCGGCCAAUACACGUUUUUGUCGCCUUGGUGGGACGAUAUCUCCAAGUCCGCUCAGGAUUUGAUCUCUCAUCUCUUGACGGUGGACCCCGACCAGCGAUACUCGAUUAAAGAGUUCUUGGCACACCCCUGGAUCCGUCAGACCGAUGAAGCGACAGAGGCGGCCACCGACGCGCCUCCGCUCGCGACACCAUUGUCUUCACGCCACGUGCAGAAACAGCCUCUGGAUGCCUUUGCGGCCGACCAGGCUCCCUACGCCCCCGCCAGCGCUCGCCUGUCCGACCAGCCCUCGGCGGGCCUGGAGCGCCCGAUGGACUUCCGCUCUCCCGGAGCGAUCAACCUCCGCGAGGUCUUCGACGUGGGCUAUGCCGUCCACCGCCAGGAAGAAGAGAACAAACGUCGUAAAAACCAGCGGAAUUACCCUGGAACGAACCCCACUGCCCGAUUCCAAUCAGCUCUUAAUCCACUUAAUGAAGACUACGAUGAUGAAGAUGGAUACGAGGGCGAGAUCACGUAUCAACCGAUCGACCACGACGAAUAUCCCCCAUCCAAACUCCAGAAACAGUCGAAGGAGGUGGCAGCAAUGGAAGCAAAAUUACGGUCCACCAACCUGGGCGCUCCCAGCCAUGCCGCUCAGGCGCGGAGAGUGCACCAGCCCCGACAGCAGCAAGGCUACGGGCAACACAGCGCCAACGUUGCUGCGGCGGCGAAACAGAGUAUUGGCGGGCGAUCGAGGCAGCCGUUCGAGCUCAGUUUGAACAAUGCGACACUGCUUGAAAAGAGACGGCACCAUGGUCAACCGGUUGUAUGA